CGAUUAGGCCGCUGACACGGCGUGGGGUCGCAGCCUCUCGCGAAGCCUGCUGAUUCCGCGCGCGCCGCGACACACAAGGUUGCGUUGGUCAAACGCCCGCGAAGCCGGCUUUCGCGUGCAACUCUCCCCCCGGUUGUUUAGUCUCCCGCUUUGUGGCCGCCAGCUCCGCGUUAUCUGAUGCUUCCGACUGCCGCCACCGCCGCUAUUCCGCGGCCUCCCAGGGACGGCCCUUUCCGCCUCCUCCCCGCUUCGUCGCAGCCGGUGGUUGCUGGCUCUUGGCCCAGUUUGGCGUCGGACGUGGCGAUGGAGAACUACGAGCCUCUCCCGCAAUCGCCCCGAGCGCCCCGGGAGCCGGUCUGCUGCUCGCGAGACGACAGAGAUGGAGAUGUGGAAGGCUACGUACAGCUUCGAAACCCGCACCUGGCGAAGCUCAACUCGGACCACCUCUACCACCUGGCCCUGUCCACCAGCACGCAUUCUCUGGUGGACAUGUUUGGUGAUGUCAAGUUUGUGUGCAUGGGUGGCACGCCGUCACGCAUGGAGCAGUUUGCUCGGCUGGCCAAGGAGGAGCUGGAUCUCAAGUUGCCCACCGGUACCGACCUCUGUGACCUGAGCCAUUAUGCUGGCCGCUACUCCAUGUACAAGGUCGGACCCCUGCUUUCUAUAAGCCAUGGCAUGGGUGCCCCGUCGCUGUCCAUCCUGUUGCACGAGGUAUUCAAGCUGCUGCACUACGCCCGCUGCCGGGGUGUGCUGGUCUUCCGCAUCGGCACCAGCGGAGGCGUCGGCGUGCCUGCUGGUUCGGUUGUUGUGAGCACGGGUGCAGUUAAUGGCCUCCUCAGGGAAGAACUAAACAUGCACAUGCUCGGCAAACUUGUGACCCGUCCUGCCAAGCUGGACACGGCACUGGCCGAGGAGAUUGCAGUUGAAGCCCGCCGCUCGCUGCCCGGGAUAAAUGUGGUCAUGGGAAAGACAAUGUGUGCAGACGACUUCUACGAAGGUCAGGGCCGGCUGGACGGUGCCUUCUGCGCCUACACGGACCAAGAGAAACUGCAGUUCAUGAAGAAGCUGCACUCCAUUGGCGUGGUUAACAUUGAGAUGGAGGCCACCCUCUUCGCUGCUAUGUGUCACCAUGCCGGCAUCAAAGGUGCUGUAGUCUGUGUGACCCUGCUGGAUCGGCUGCAGGGUGACCAGGUCACCGCGCCCAAGAGCAUCAUGAAUGAGUGGCAGCUGCGGCCCCAGCAUGUAGUGUUGCGCUUCAUACAGCGCCGCCUGGCGGUCGCUACGUCGUCACCCUAGUUAGUGCACUUACUCAUUCGCCCUUCACCGCCAUUUGCAGGGGCAUAAACUUCCUUAACAAAGAGC